AUGAAGGACCUCAAGAGAGCCGCUUUUGUUGAACAAGAAUUCCAGCCUUAUGCACAAGCGGAUGCAUCGGCCUUCGUGGAGUGGCUUCUCCGUAAACUCUUCGAGAUCCAUGGAAACGUCAACUUCGAGUGGAUAACCCAGUUUGAAGCACUCUUCCGGAUACUUACCGUACCCUUCGAUACAUGCCGAGUGUGUGCUAUCGUAAAUGAGGCCGCAGUGGAAGCCGCGACAGGUCUUACAAUCAAUGUCCGACCCAACGACAACACCGUAGACGAAGCAUUUCAGAACUUUAUCGAGAACGACACAGAUGCAGAGUACCAAUGCCGCUCGAAGACCUGUAAAGGAGCCAAUAGAUUCAAAGAACGCCGUUGGGCAGUGAGGGCUGCGCCGAGGAUACUAAGGGUGACACUAAAUAUUUUCGCUUACGACGUGAACGCCCAGUACGUCAGAAAGAUCAUGCAUGCACUCACAAUUGGGGAGAUUUUGGACCUGACGCAGUAUCAGGAGUGCACAGUCGUCCCUUUGAGGUACAGGCUUUCGGCUGUCAUUCCACACCGAGGGAAUAGUGCGGACGCCGGACAUUAUAUUGCCAAUGUACGCAGUCAAGGCCCAAAUCCCCUCUAUAAUAUCAACGACACCAGGGUGGAAUCAAUCUCCGGUGCGCAGUUUACAUCCAAUCCGCAUCUCCUUCGGGGUGGCCAAAGCGCUAGAUUUCAGGCAUAUAUCUUGACGUACAUCCGGGAUGAAGCCCCUCUUGAGCAGCACCUUGAAUCGACAAAUAAAAUGGUUGCGACCGAUCUCAAAAUUGACCGCGGUAAGAAGCCUGUAGUUUGA